AUGGAGCAGUUAGAGCGAGAGAUCCGUAAGGAGAUAGACGAGAUGAACACCAGCGUGUCGCUGGUGGACCGGCUCGAGGCGGGUGACACAAUGGACGAUGACCGGCGGGACGAGCUGCUGUCCUCCACGCGGGCCGUCUUCGAGAACGUUAAUCCCAACAAUGUGAAGAACAGUCUCACCGACUCACAGAUAUCGAUCAUCUCCAAGCACGACGGGUAUCCGGAGUCGGGCCACUUUUACAGCACACCGUUAACCAGUGCUAAGGAUCCGACCAACGUUAUUGGUGACGGUGGCGAUCAGAUAUUGAAGACGCGUGAAGAAAAUUCCUCACCGAACGUGGCGAAUCAAACAGAGGGUAAGGUUGGAAAGGUACCGCCGGAUGCCACGGGACGUUCUGGACGCACCGGUUCCAAACUGGACAAGCAGACGAAAUGCAGACAGAGCCAGCGGGAGCAGAAAGCACCGACACUGUCACCACAGGACUUAACUACCAAAAAUUCCCAACAGCCGAGUGCCUCCCUGGCGAAUCUGCUCUACCCAACGGGGUAUGGCGUACCGAAACGCAAACGACUCCCGUCGACGGUAAUACUUGGGCUAAUUCAGCUGCUGCUGAGUGUAACGCUCGCAGCACUCGGUGGACUCGUCAUUGCCCGGAACGCAUCACUAGCGAUGGCCGGCACCGGGUUGUGGUGCGGUGCAAUUGCCGGCAUUGCCGGAUCACUCGGUUUAAUGAACGUAAAGAUGGCCAAAACUGGUUUCCUGGCGGUGAAUCUAAUCUGCGUCGCGUCUAGUACGCUCGGGCUCGCCCUCACCGGCAUCGGUGCGGUACGGGACGCGAACCUGGCCCAGCAGGAUGAGCUUAUCUGGGGUGCUGUCACAGCCGGAACUGGGCUACUGGUGGCGCUUGCGGUACACUUCCUAAUCAGCGUCUUUUCCGUCUAUUACUCAGCGCUUAAACUCUGUUCAAGACCAACACAAAAGCUACAAAUGAUCGAUAAUGUGAUGCACAGCAACUCACAAGCGUUUAUGACUCAGCAAAAGGUAGAGGACUACAUUAACUCGCUGCACGUGGAACCGGGCGUUAAGGAUAUAAUGUAUCAGACAAUGCUGAAACGAAGCUACGGAUCGAUGUACGGAGAAAAGCAUCGUGGAGACAACUACAGUACUGGAACCUCACAGCGUGUGAUGCUGGUACCGGCGGGAGCAGGCAAUGGGCUCCCACCGAUGAUGCCGAUGUACCCAACGGUUCAGACGUCGCCCGGUAAUUCACCAAUGAUGUAUCCACCGAACCUAAUGCCACCCGGUGUUCCACAGUACCAACCGUACCCGGAGAGCGCACUUAUGGAGGCCCAAAUUAGUCGCGCCAACCGCAAACGGUCGACAAUGCGCAUGAACAACGAACGCAACAGUGCCGAAAUGGAGCGACCCCGGCGAAAGUCCGAUUCCGACCUGGAGAAAACAUUCACCUACACCGGACUGGACCGGGACAUUGCGGACAGCUAUCUGGCGAAGGAGGAAGAAAAGCUGACCGGUAGCCUCGUCAGCAACAGUGGGAUGCAAGUGACGCCUCCUCACACGUACCAUCACGACCUGAUGCUGAUAGAUCAUCGUACGCAUUUCGAGCGAUACAACGACAUCCACAUGUGA